CAGAACUCAGCUCAAAACUCCGAGUUUAAACUAAGUUGAGAUUUGAGCUCAAAGUGAGAUUAUAAAAACUUCUGAGACCGAUCUCAGUUGAGCACGAAAAUGAGUCGAUUUCGUUAUUUACAUAAGCGGCCCGGAGUACCGGAAGUUUACAGUUCGUCUGCUGUAAAUAUGGAGACGACAGACGUGACAGAAGUUGAAUGUGUUCCCAAGGCGGAUAAAUCAAGGUGGACAGUGGCAGAGGAGUCCACCUUGAUAGAUCUCGUCCUUGGGAACGAGAAUUUAUUGUUUGGUGCCCUUGCGGGCCCAAACAAGGAGAGUAUCCGGAGAUCCCGGCAGAAAUGCUGGGAUGACAUUUGCCAGCAACUGAACAGUCAAUUCAUAAAUUCUAAAAAAGAUGUUGCUGGCAUCAAGAAGAAAUUUUCCAACAUAAAGCAGAGGAGUAAGUAUUGACAGUUUUUAUUUUUAUAUAUUUCAGUAAAUUUUUUUAGCCUUAUUUGUAUUACCAAAUAAAUUAAUUAAAUACUAUAAAUGAUAACACAGUGGAUGAAAAAUUUAGAAGAAAUUUUUUCAUCCACUGUGUUAUCAUUUAUAGUAUUUAAAGUUAGUUUUUCUCUGUUUUUUUAUCCUUUUCAUUAUUAAUUCCUUUUAUUUUUUUAAUGUAUCUAAUUCAAUGUGAUGGGUCAAGCUAAUUUGGUCAUUAAUGAAAUUUGUAUUUUUUAUACCCCCGCACAACGAAGUUGUAAGGGGGGUAUUCUGGAAUCAGCUUGUCCCUCCUGACGUCUCCCGGUCAGGCCGACGAUGGUUUUUCCUUGUCCGCUCAAUAACUUUAGUUUCCUUUGGCCCACAGUCUUCAUAUUUGGCAUGGAGGUUAGUCAUGAUUAGUAGAUGACCCCUAUUUUGAGGUCACCAGGUCAAAGAUCAAAGUCACAGGGGCCUUGACUAAAAAGCUUUUCUGCCAAAUUGAUCAAGAAUGCUUUGGUCAAAAGUCUUCAUAUUUGGUAUUGAGGUUGUUUAUGACUAGUAGAUGAUCCCUGUGUCAAAGGUCGAGGUCAGAGAGAUUUUAACUUUAAUACACUUGUUACUAUAUAUAGUAACACAAUUGCCUAU